UACUGCUGGAGCUGGCGUUUCGUUUGUUUCACUCAAAAAGUCGUACGAAACUAAUAGCGGCAAAGGCUUAUUCGGAUUUUUUACUUAAAUACAUAUCAGAUUCUACAUCUGUAAAUUGUAUAUAUGGAGUCGUUAUCGCUUCUUAAAAGUACACAUAUAUUUCCUGCUCCAAAAACUCAUACAGGUCAAUGUGCCGAUUAAAUUCGUAACUACCGAUAUUUUUUCAUAUUUAUCUGCCGGCCGAAGUGACAACUCGCUAUUUGACGAUGCGAAUUUUAGUUCUUGUCGCGUUAGUGAAUUCUGCGUUUGGUCUAAGGAUAAAUUUCACAAGUUGUCACCAUGCCGAGUGGUCCUGUUUUAAUAAUGUACCUAACGAAAUUGUCUUCACGUGUUCCACCGUUAGGAGCAAUGAUUUUAUCAUACAUCUUAAGGAUUUCUAUACAGACCAUAUCGUUAGUGUAACGAUACAAAAUUGCCGUGAUUUAAGGGUUGUUCUGGAUUGUCCUUUGCUGCAAAGAGCAUCUCGCUUGAACCAAUUCAAAAUCAAAGACUGUGACCGUCUUGAAUUUAUUACUUUGUCUGCUACCUCCUCAUUACAAACACCAUCAGAAGUUGUCAUAGAAAAUGUUAGAGAGAUCGUGUCUUUUCCGAGAAAUAUAUUCAAAUCACCAACGACCAGUACAGAACUGAAGUGUUCAGGGACUCUACCUAUGACCAAUUUACGAGUUGUGAAUAGUAAAAUAAAUUCAAUCACCACGAAAGCCAUUUCCAAUACAAACGGAAUGAAGACUAUUGUAUUCGAAAAUGUUACAAUUACAGAUAUUCAAACGCAGGGCUUUGAGGCUAUUAUGGCAAGUGAGAAUUCUAUGUUCACAAUGACCAAUAGUAUAAUUGAUAAUUUGGAAUUCAAAGGCAUCAAUAUACAGGCGACAACGGUGAAAAUAUCCCAUAAUACCUUUAAUGAAAUAAGUGCUAAUGGAAUAAAUGUAACGGCAGAUAACUUCUUACUCACAAGAAAUACGUUUAAGGAAAUUCAUUCCAAUGGCAUAGUUGUUAAUGCUCCCAAUAUCGAUAUUGUUAACAAUAAUAUUGCAGUCCUUAAAAAUAACGCUCUACAAGGAAUACGAUGUACGAAGAAACGCGUAACCAAAAAGCAAAUUAACUUCUCCAAAAACAAUAUAGAACGAAUCGAGCCAUACUCCCUGUUCUUCAAUUACGCCAGUUGCAAAAUUUCUGGUGCGCAAGUAAUAUUUCGCGAAAACAAAAUAGACUGCAAAUGUCGAAAUAUCGCAUUCUUGAAUACGCCAAGUACCAGCGAGUUGAACGGAUUAAUUUUAAACACAGCUAACAAUAAUACUUGUUUCUUAGCGCCGUGUAUUUUGCCUAUUGAUAUCGUUAAGCUGCUACAAGAAAGCGAUAUGUGUCAUCUGAACCUUGACCCAAAAGUUAUGUGUUUAUUGUAUUACGAUAAGCAUUCUAAUAAUACUAAUAUCGACGUGAAUACAGACGAAGAUGUGACGGAGCCAGCGCCUACAUUUUACUUGAUAAGACAGGCUAACUCCCUAGCCGGUGACGCAAGCGCAGCUAUGACAGCUAUUGAUAAGGACGAUCUUCUACGAGAUAGCCAUAUGAAUAUGACGAAUAGAACUACUGUAAAAGUCGUCUUUGAUUCCUCCAAAGACUUUGUUGAGACGCUGAGAAGUACAGGGAGAUCUAGAAGUAGGCAAGAAGCUACGAAAUCACCACCGAGAGAAGAAUAUAUAAAUAGAUGUGUUGGCAGCCAUUGCAGAAGUAAUGCUUACGAUAAGCAAAAAGCGUUGGAUUUUUACAAAUAUGUAUACGCGCAAUUACGCACACCACGGGAAAAUGAUAAUAAGAAAAACAAAAUUUAAUUAAUACUAUCGUUGUUUU